GUGGGUUCACGGCACGUCGCGAGCUGUGUCGAAAGUUUUCCGCGUCUCGAGCGUAGCGGUAGUGGUGAAGUGAACACGUCCCUCACCUUCAUGACAACCUACGCUCGGCGCGGACCUCGAAAUUCGUCUCUUUCUCUCACCCCAAUUCUCUGUUUACCAUGCGCCAAAAAAGCACAACAACAUGCACUCCAUGUAUCGCUCUCAGCAGGCCGGGCGUCCAUUCCCGGCACCAAGCAUGUCCUUGUCCCAGCGUUCAAAGUUCCAAGCACCGGUGAAGGGCUUGUUCUACAGCAGUGCAUACUCGGGAACUCGUCCUUCACAGGCGACUCGACCAACGUCAAGCCCACUCCUGCAGCACGAUGCCGUAGCAACCCGGAAACCCGCGCUGAAAGGCCAUGGUCCUGCACAGUACACAUUGGACAAUGGACCGCGCGAUGAACCCGGCACAGCUGCGUACUACGAUAGCUGGACGUUUCGACGGAAGGUCAAGGAGGGCUGCACCAUUGUGCCAAGGCAGGCCAUUGAAGCUGGCGAAUGCCUUGACGACAGUGCUGAUGAGGACUUCAUCAAGAAGCCCAAGCACACAGACGAGAGGUGGUCACUUGUCAUGGUUUUCAGUAGGACAAGCGUACGCCGGGCAAGCACGCAACGCAAGGUGAAUGAGAGAAUGCAGCGCUCAAACCGCAGGAUGAAGUUCAUGAGGAACCUGGAGAAGACAAAGCCUUUGUUCAAGUGGGACUAAGCAGGCAAGGUGGGCGUGGUUGCCAUAUUUAAGAACUAGCGCCGCAGCCACCAAACGAGACGUGUUGAAGAAGAUUGGCACCGACACGCCUUACGGGCACGAGAAUCGACUGGAACUUCAAUAUCAGAUCUAGGACUGCGCCCCACCUACGCCAAGUGAUGUCUGUUUGUUGUUCUGUAGGUACCCGUACAAUUCAACAUUUCUCGCCGCGAUACCGCCUGUGAUCACUUCCUAGAAAGCU